CCUUAAAAAUAUCUUUGUUUCACCAAACCCGACCCACAAUCGAGGAGAAGGGUCGGUAGGUCGGUUUUUUUUUCAGAUUUUUUUUUAAAGUCAGAGAAAUCAAUACAGAAAACUUAUUAGCUGUAUACUACAGAUUCAUUAAUUUUGUUUAAUGAAUUUGGGGUCUGACGUAAAAAGUAACGAACUGAAAGUUUUUAUUAAACUUAAGAGCUAAUUUGACAGCUUAAUAAUUUUCCGGGUGGAAACAUUCGUCUUCUUUAUUGGCAAACAAAUCAAUGACAUCGGGAUUUUUCGUGAUGCCCGACUCGCACACGAUUAGCCACGAACUUGAAGUGUGAAACUCCUUCAACACGUUUUUAACGAUAGUGCGCGUUGUGCUUUCAUUUUUCUCGAAAACGGAUAUUGAAAAUAUCGUCGUCAUGUUUAAAACUACGCACCACAGACAUAGAGGCAGAAUUAUUUCGUGGGAAUGGACGUGUAUUCGUCUGAAACCAUUUUGUUGAGAAGCGACACCUAUGACGCUUUCGUCUUGAUCAACCAGUUUCAAUAAUGAAUCAAACCAUAGCCAUAGUAUAGGGAAAUAACUCUCAUGAUAUAUUUCAGGUUGACACACAAAAUAAAAUAAAAAGAUCGUGGAAAAGUGCAAUAAAAUAAUUUAAGUCGGGGGUGGUUUUAGUUAGUCGGUCGCGUUAGGCGAAACAAAGAUAUUUUUAAGGUCAGCCCUAUGAUCGAGAGUUUACCUGACGGCAGAGCUGGGAGAAUAUGGAAAUACCCUACUUCCUUGGAUUUAUGGGAUAAUUAUGUGGGAGAGUGAUUUUAUUGGGGAAUAUUUUAAAGUCACCAAUACUAAGUUUUAAAUGUUAGAUAAUAUGUUCCACUUCACUAGCUUUAGCUAUCCUGUGUUUCUAUCGACUUUCUAUCCACUAUCUUAAGUUAGAGUGAGUUUCUUCUCACUUUUGGUAUCUUGUCUUGGUUUUAACCUUUGAACCUGAGUAUAUUGUGGUCAGGUGAUUUGGUAUCCAGGGAAUGUUUGGACACUUAGGUAAUAGAGUUUGAGGCAAUAGGUUGACUAUUUUCAGUUCUCCAUAUUGCAACUUAUUUCUGUAUAGUCAUAGUUUAAUUAGCUAGUUUUAGAUAUUUCAUUUCUAAUAUAGUUUAUAUAGAAGUUAGAUUAAAGUAUUCAAUAGUUCCAGUGAUUGCCAGGUAGGAUACUUCAAAGGUACUUCACCUUUGACAGUCUGUCUAGCCAGCAAAACCCCUCUCUAGGGGUUUCUGUUAUAUCUGAAUAAACCGUUGAAUCGAACCCUUGGUGUGGUCUUUUCUACAACUAGAGAAUGGACCCCCCGUAACAAUUAUAUGAACAACUGGUCUGACAGAAAGUGGUUAGAAAACUUCCGUAUGGGAAAGAGAACAUUUGAGACAAUUAAUCACCCGUAUAAAGACAAUGAGCAAGAUAAAAAGAUCCAUAAUGAGUAAAAAGAACUUUCUGAGUUUGUGUAUCAAUUUUUUGAUGUCAUUUGCUCUUUCAAAUGGACAAACUACAACUGAUUAUCAUCAUCUGUCUAAAUCUGUGAACAACAUUACUGGUUUACUAUUCUGGAAUUUGCCGACAGGUGCCUCGUGUAUACAAAUAUGGAAGGAUGGGGUUAAAAUUUGGGAUGAAGCUAAUCUGGAUUGGAAGAACAACACAAAAUACCUUUCCACGAAAACCAGCUUUCAAAUGAAAUUUCAAAUCUCAAAUGUAGAACAUGAAGAUACUGGUCUAUAUCAGUGUUUAAUGAGAAAGGGAAACAAAGUCAACUUCAGUCCAGACACUGAUAUCAAAUUUGACAUUAAUGGAUUUCGUUUGCUGAAAGGCCCGAAGAAAACUGUAUGUGUUGUUAAUGAUACUUUACAUGUAGAAUGGGCAGUAGAAAUACCUCUUGCCCUUUAUCCGAUAGAAAUAAAUGUUUAUGCGACAGAAUCUAAUGGAAAGAAAUUUGGUUGUUGCAGAUACCCUGAAGAAAAUGUAAUAAAAUAUAAUACAGGCUGUGACACAAGUGAACAUUCAAGUAAAAACACGACAACAAAAGUCAUGAAAUUAUCCUAUAACUUUACCAGAGAUGAGAUGGAGAGAUUUACUUCCAUUUACGUGGAGGUGGACUUUCCUCGGUAUUAUUUACAUACUCCAUGGAUACAAAUCACAGGUGAAUGUUUAGAAGAUGAUGUUAAUAGAACAGUUGUUAAUGGUAAUAUCUCUAUGACAACAGAUGGUAAUGUGUCUACAGCAACCAAGAAUAAGAGUAGAGAAGCUGAUGAUGGAGUCAAAGUAGGUGUCAUAGUAGGUUCUGUAAUUGGUGUUCUCAUUCUGGUUGGAAUUGUGGUUUCAAUUGUCUAUUUUAGACACCGGUGCUUAAAGAAAAAAGAGAUGCAGAAUAAUAAUAGCAUUAAAGAGGUAAAGAGACUGUUGGACUGAAAUGCUUAAAUAUUUGAAAAUUAAUAUUACUUUCGUUUUUCUGUCCUAUCUAAUUUGUAAUCCAAAUCCGCAAAUUAAACGUUCUCGAAUCAAAAUCACUCAUGAUGGAAGAUAACUGGAGCUGACGAGUAAUAAAGAAAGAUUGAAGAACGUUUUUUUUUUAAGACACUGGAACAGCAAACAAACAUGUAUUUACAUUUUCUUGUAUCUUACAGCCGUAAUUAUCAAAGCAUUUAAUGGUUUAGAUAUUUUCACUGAAAACCACGUGGCAGACCAGAUUAUCCAGAACUUAUCUGUGAAUUGUAUUACUUGUCAAUCCACAAACUGUGUCAAAUUAA